UUCCAACAUGGGCGUUCCUACUGUCGUCUGCAAUAUGUCAAAUAUCUAUUGUGCCGUGUAAAAAUGUCAGAAAUCAGUGACAUUUAACUAAGAGAAAUCAUUUACGAUCAUCAAGUCAAAAGUUAUUGUGCAUCGAAAAGAUGGCUGUCGACCUAUAACGAUAAUUUCCUGUAAACUAAAGUUUGGCGUUGGUGACUUAUUGGGUUCCGAAUUACAGGAGGAUAGUGUUACUAGUAACUGAUUUUUGGUUGGUUUCAUUAACGCAAUUAAGAAAAUAAACGAGCAGUAGUGUACCGCCGACUCGGCCGUGUUUCAUCGUUAUUAAUUCGUUCUAUAAACUUUUUAUUAUUUCUUUGAACUAUUUAAACUCCUGAAGGUUAUGCUUUGUCAUGAUAAUGGAUCUAUGGAAGAAAACGGUUUGAAAUAAUGUUUAACUCGUUGUUUUUUAACAUUUACGGAUACGUAUCAUAUUUAGGGGAUUUUCAGUGUAGAAUCAUUAUUUCCUCUAACACUUCGUGCCGGUGUUUCCCUUAAAAAUUGAAUCAUGACUUUCUGGUUUUUCCUAAGACGUGCUAUUCGGCCUUUCGAGCUAGUGCAGUGAUUGUCAUGUAAAGAUAUCGGUACGUGUACACUGAUUAAAUCAACGAGUUAGAAGUUCUGUGAAGAGAUUGUGCUAUUACCGGAAAAUAAUUUUUGCGAUAUAAGCAACAGGAGCGCAGCAACUAUAAGACUGUUUUGUGAAAGAGAUUUUAAUUAAUACAAGUCUUAAAAAUGGCUGCAAACAAUUCAGUACAAACUACCACACCAAGAGGGUCAAGUCUGCCAAACCGAAAUUCACAGAGGUCUACCUUAUUAAAGGUUGUCAUUUUAGGAGAUGGAGGAGUGGGCAAGUCUUGCCUAAUGAAUAGAUUUGUGUCGAAUCAUUUUGACGAACACAGUUUCCAUACAAUUGGAGUGGAAUUUUUGAACAAAGACAUUGAGAUUAAUGGAGAAGCCUAUACUCUUCAAAUAUGGGAUACUGCGGGACAAGAGCGUUUUAAAACGCUAAGAACACCAUUCUAUCGAGGCUCAGACAUUUGCCUUUUGACUUAUGCUGUGGAUGAUAGAGCCAGCUUUAGAAACCUUGCCCUGUGGAGAUCCGAGUUUCUUUAUUAUGCCGAUGUUGAGGAGGGUUCUACAUUCCCUUUCAUUGUCGUUGGUAACAAAGUGGAUGUACCAGAAUCAGAAAAACAAGUCCCAACCGAAGAAGCUCGUGCAUGGUGUGCAGAGAAUGGUGAUCCUCCUUUAGUGGAAACCUCAGCAAAAGAUGCAACAAAUGUCGAGGCAGCUUUUGGAGCAGCCGUAGCAGCUUGGGCAAGAUUGGAAGCCAAACUGGACAGACCACUCAUCGAAGAUACUGUAGAUCUAUCAAAACAACAAUCACCUCAUCGAUCCAGCUGCUGCAUGCCUGGCACCGAGUCUAACAAAGUUAUUUGAAGAGAAACCUUAUUGUUCGCCUUCGAUAUACGCAGCCUCAUAAAGCCUAUCUCGUUCUUUGCAAAACUCGACGAGAAUAGUUCUCCUUGUCGUACAAACUCAUCGUCAAAGAAAGAUUUUUUACUAUUGACAAACACACUGCUAGGAUUCUACAUUGGACAAUUGUACACUAUGUUGCUUUUAUAUAAGGCUAUAGUGACUAUAAUAGCAAUUACUCAAUUUUUAAUUGAAUAAACAUUCUAAAGCAUUCGAGAAGUUUAAUGCAUAAAAAUAUCUCGUUUUCAAUUCUGAAGAAAAUACUUUAUAAUCAACUUAAACUCACUCCCCAAAUGAAUUACAUACUCUAAAGAUGUAUUUUCUCGAAGUAACGUGCGUUAGUUCUCACAGAGACACAAAAUAAUAAAAGUAAAUGAAACAUGUACAAAAUUUCGAGCUUCUCACUUGUCGGACAAACAUCACAGAAAGUCUAAUCGAACGCACCCAUGUAUUUGCGCUUAAUACAGUUCGUGAGCCAUGCACAGUAUUUAUAAGUGUCUCACUUAAACACUCCACUGGUUUGUGAUGAACUGUUGAUUGUGAAUUACAUUGAAUAAGACCAAGGUACAUAUACAUAUAUAAAUAUUUAAAAAAUACAAUAGAAUAGCUUCGUAGCCAAAAUUUGCCUUAUCCUCACGGCAUUGAGCUGAGAGUAAGAGCAAACGCAGAGUUUAACUCCUCAUAAUAUUCUCUUUUACAAUUUCUUUUAUCUCUUUCAAAUCAAAUGAGAUAUUUCAUAGAUAAAAGAUUUAAAGAAGGAGGAACAUUCGUUUAUCGUUGCUCUCAAUAUCUUGUGACGCUUAAUGCUUAAAAUGGCUUUUUGGUAAACGGAUUGGAAAGAAGUAUCACGAAAAUAUUCAGGCAGCUUAUUAUAUUUCUGUAGUUGUACGCAAAUGUUGUAUGGCAAUUGGCCUUGAGAUCUCGAUAAUCAAGAGGAAAGAUAAGAAACAGCAUAGCAAAAAAAUAAUGGGGCUUAUAAUAUGAACAAAAGUAAUCCCAAAUAUGUGAAAAUACUCAAAAAAUUUGUUAGUUUCCUUGUAAUUUGUUACUCUUGUCUACCUUUCAAUUGUUAUUUUCUCAUUUUCACUGACUCAUACUGAUUGCGUCUCAGUCAUGUUUGCUGGUGCUUUUUGUAUAGCUACAUGUGGAAUAUUAUAACGUAUUACUCUAUUAAACAUUAGCUUAAGUUUAAUAGUAAAAGAAGAAUGAAUAACUAUACCCGUGUAACGAUUAAUAAUUAUUAAGAAAUUACGUGUGUAAAACUAAUCAUAUCAGAACAAUGUGGUAUGAAGAAUUAUCAUACGCGAUAAGUAAGUCAUUUUUACCGUGAUAUUUUUCAAUAAGGUCAGAUAGUGAUUCUGGGACGAACGUAGAGAGAGAAAGAGAGAGAGAGAGAGAGAGAGAUACAGGAGAGAAUAAAAUAAAAAAGAAUCUAACGUACAUCAGAUAUUUUGCGUAUAAUUAUGGUUUGCCAAUUGUAUCCAUUUGAGAUACGAUUAUUAUUUUAGUUAUUUCAAUUUAAGUGUUGCUGCCUUUUCAAAUAACGAGCAGGGAAUCGCUCGUUUCCCCGGUAGAAAGUUAUGUACGAUACAAUUUAAACAGUAAAGUUAAGCGUAUGCCUUAAGGAUUUUAUAAUUUUGGAAAUGAAUUUUUGCAGAGAAAUAAAUUUACACUGAGCUUGUUUCGACUCUGAUAUAAUGACUGUACGAGUUUGCUACGUUAUUCUAUGUACUUCGUUACGGAGCGAAAAAAAAGAAGAAUAAAUCAGAAAACGGUUAAACAACAAUCGAUUUAACAAUAAUUUAUUAAUACCGCUAAAAUAUACAAUAAUGGAUAACGUGUCUAUAAUUCUAUUGGGUUCUCAUUAUUACAUGAAUCAUCGACUUACUUACAUUGUGCCACUUAACUGUUUUUAAAUUUCGCUUUGAAAAAAAUAGAAAUAAAACGAACGCAGGGCUAUCAUAUCGUCACUACAUACUUUUUUU